AACACCUCCUCCAACACCUCCUCCAGUGCUGACUUCGAGUUCAUCCCUCCGCCCGAAUGUCCCGUCUUUUACCCCACGGAAGAGGAGUUCUCUUUGGGUCCACUCGAGUACAUCUCGAAGAUCAGUGCGGAGGAGGCGUCUCAAGGGGUCUGCAAAAUAGAGCCGACAAACGCAUUAUCUGACGAACAAAAGGGACAAAACAAGUGUCUCCGGAAAGCCCUCCGUCUUCGGGAGCGAUAUAUGAAUGAAUCGCAACAGAGUUUCUGUGAGACGACCCGUCAGUUCGUUCACAACAUAUUCAAAGCACAGACGCCGGCAGAAAGCGGUGAGUCUUCGCCCCAUUGCUAUAGUCUUGCGUUUCUUCCGAAGGUCUCGCACUCGGGUUCUCAGAGACGACCCUUUCAUUUGGCUUUGAGUCCAAUACGUGUCCGCUACCAAUGGACAGUUGAUUGCGACGAACCGCCCAUCAUUGGCGACCCCUGGAGUGCAAGCAUUCCUCCGAAUCUGGACUAUAUAUUGCGGAUCGAAGAGGGAGUCGUUCGCGUCUACAAAGGCAAAGACGAUCUCCAAGACGGGCGACAUGCUCCCUAUCCCGUGACGACAUUCAACCACUUCAUCGAUGACAUGAAGUUCUUGUGCCGCACCAUAACCGACGGACCGCUCAAAUCGUUUUGCUUCAAACGAUUGGCGUAUUUGUCGCACAAAUUCCAACUCCACGUCCUGUUGAACGACUUGCAAGAGCUGAAGGCCCAGAAGCAG